AUAAGACUCCUACAAUCCCUUCUUCACACUCUCUCUCUCUCACACACACACACACACACACACCCACACCUAAAAGCAGUCAGCACCCUCUAUUAGGCUUAACAUGACAGUUUUGCCUCGUUUUUGAUUCAGAAAGGAAGACAAGUACACAGACACGCCUCAACGGGGGAAACUGCUGGUGUUUCAGACACAGAUAAGUAGCUACAAAGAAAACUGCAGAUCUGGGACCAGUUGGAAGGACAAAAUGAGCGUGUGGACGGCCCUCAUACUGGCCUUGCAGCUGCUAUUAAAAAUGUGCUUACACGUGGAAGCACAGGCUUUGGUCUACGAUCUGCUCACCUCACCCGACUGCCUGCCAGACCUGCUGCAGGGGGGCCUGACCGGGCAAGGGGUGAACGAGGCUUUCAUCCUAACCUCCUUCAAGUUGCAGCCCAAGACCGGAACCACUGUGUUUGGCCUGUACAACCCCAGGGACAACAGCAAGUACUUUGAGUUCACAGUGAUGGGGAAGCUCAACCGAGCCGUGUUACGCUACUUGAGGAGUGACAAGAGGAUGGCCUCUGUCACGUUCAACAACCUGGUGCUGGCAGAUGGCCAGCAACACCGACUGCUGUUCCACCUCAGAGGGCUGCAGCAGCAGCAGCAGCAGGGGCCAGGCGGGAUGGAGCUGCAUCUGGACUGCAGGCUGGUGGAGACAGUCAGGGAUCUCCCCGCUGCCUUCCAGGGUUUGCCAGCAGGCUAUGGCACAGUGGAGCUAAAGACCAUGCAAGCCAGAGAGCAGGAGAGCUUAGAUGAACUAAAGCUGGUGGUUGGGGACUCAUUUGAAAACGUUGCGUCGCUACAAGACUGCCACUUCCAGCAAAGAGACUCAGUUCAGACUCUGGGGGUCAACACAAAGCAGCUGUCCAAUCAAAUGCUGGAGUUAACGAAGGUGAUAAAUGAGCUGAAAGACGUCCUCAUUCAGCAGGUUAAAGAAACAUCCUUUCUCAGGAAUACCAUCUCAGAGUGUCAGGCCUGUGGUCUAGGUGGCACAGAGGUGGUGAAGCAAAGGUGUGCACCAGGUGUCUGUUUCCGUGACGACAUGUGUACAGAAACAGCAGAAGGUGUUGAAUGUGGACCAUGUCCUGAUGGAUACACUGGAGAUGGUUUUAACUGUGAUGAUGUGGACGAGUGUCAGUUUAACCCCUGCUUUCCUGGAGUGCGCUGCGUCAACACUGCCCCAGGCUUCCGCUGUGACGCCUGUCCGCUGGGCUACACCGGCCUGCCAGUGGAGGGUGUGGGCAUAGUGUACGCUCAGACCAAUAAACAGGUCUGUGAUGACAUCGAUGAAUGCAAAGGACCCGACAAUGGAGGCUGUACUGCAAACUCGAUCUGCCACAACUCUGUGGGCUCCUAUCACUGUGGUAGCUGUAAGUCAGGAUUCACAGGAGAUCAGGUGAAGGGCUGUAAGCCGGAGAUCAGCUGUGGCAACAGCCUGACCAACCCCUGUGAUGUCAAUGCUCAGUGUAUCGUAGAAAGAGACGGAUCCAUCUCUUGUCAGUGUGGAAUUGGCUGGGCUGGAAAUGGAUACCUGUGUGGAAAGGAUACGGACAUUGAUGGAUAUCCAGAUGAGAAACUCAAAUGCAAAGAUCCAAACUGCAGAAAGGAUAACUGUGUCUUUGUUCCUAACUCUGGUCAAGAGGAUGCCGACAGAGAUGGUUAUGGAGAUGCCUGUGAUGAAGAUGCAGAUGGCGAUGGUAUUCCAAACGAACAGGACAACUGCAGGUUAAAACCCAAUGUAGACCAGAGGAACAGCGACAAGGACAGCCACGGCGACGCCUGUGAUAACUGCCGCCUGGUUGAGAACCCCGACCAGAGGGACACUGACGGUGAUGGCAAAGGGGACGCCUGUGAUGACGACAUGGAUGGAGAUGGUCUGAAGAAUUUCCUGGAUAACUGCCAGCGUGUCCAGAACAGAGACCAGCUGGACCGGGAUGGAGACGGGGUGGGAGACGCUUGUGACAGCUGCCCCGACAUCCCCAACCCAAAUCAGUCUGAUGUUGAUAAUGACUUGGUUGGGGAUUCCUGUGACACAAACCAAGACAGUGAUGGCGAUGGUCACCAGGAUACCAAGGAUAACUGCCCACUCGUGAUCAAUAGCUCUCAACUGGACACUGACAAAGACGGGCUGGGUGACGAAUGCGAUGACGAUGAUGACAACGACGGGAUACCGGAUGUUUUACCACCGGGUCCAGACAACUGCCGGCUGGUACCAAAUCCUGAUCAGAUUGAUGAUAACAAUGACGGUGUUGGAGAUAUUUGUGAGUCUGACUUUGACCAGGACAAAGUGAUAGACAGGAUUGAUAAUUGUCCUGAAAAUGCCGAGAUUACCUUGACUGACUUCAGGGCCUAUCAGACUGUUGUGCUGGACCCCGAGGGCGAUGCCCAGAUUGAUCCCAACUGGGUUGUUUUGAACCAGGGAAUGGAAAUCGUUCAGACCAUGAAUAGUGAUCCUGGACUUGCUGUCGGUUACACAGCUUUCAGCGGCGUGGACUUUGAGGGGACUUUUCACGUGAAUACGGUCACUGAUGAUGACUAUGCCGGCUUCAUCUUUGGUUACCAGGACUCAUCCUCCUUCUACGUGGUGAUGUGGAAGCAGACUGAACAGACCUACUGGCAGGCAACCCCCUUCAGAGCUGUGGCCGAGCCCGGCAUACAGCUGAAGGCUGUGAAGUCUAGAUCAGGCCCCGGCGAGCAUUUGAGAAACUCGCUGUGGCACACGGGAGACACCACCGACCAGGUGCGCCUGCUGUGGAAGGACCCGAGAAAUGUGGGCUGGAAGGAUAAGGUGUCCUAUCGCUGGUACCUGCAGCACCGCCCACAGGUUGGAUACAUCAGAGCCCGCUUUUACGAAGGAACUGAGCUGGUCGCAGACUCCGGCGUGACCAUCGACACGACCAUGAGAGGAGGACGACUUGGUGUGUUCUGUUUCUCGCAAGAAAACAUCAUCUGGUCCAAUCUGAAAUACCGCUGCAAUGACACCAUCCCGGAGGAUUUCCAGGAGUUCAGCACUCAGCACGGCGUCGACUCGCUCUAAAGCCAACGCGAAAAAAAUACCACUGCAGAGCUACGAGGAAUGCAUCAGUGUGUAUGUGCGAGUGUGCGCACGUUUGUGUGUGCGUGUGUGGAUGCCUGUGUCUGUGUUUUGAUGUUUACAGCUUUUGUGCAUACAUGGCCACAAUCUUUGUACUGUGUGUGUAUUUUCUCAUGCUGUCUCAUUUCUCUUAAAUGUCUCUCUCUCCCUCUCUUUUUUUGUUUGAUGGUCAUUUUCUCAAAGACACGAGCUGAGCUUUUAGGUUUAAUGGAUUUUAUCAAAUACAAUGCAAUAUGACAUGACACAAGGACAACAGAAACAGAAAAACGGGUGCUUAAAGUGGAAGAAAACAAGCUCGGGGAACAACAGUAGAAGCUAAUUGAAACUCAAAGCAAACCCAGGAGGAUUCAUUAACACACAUUAGCCACCUUCGUUUAUGUUUCAUUAUGUGACUGUGAUGUAAAAUUUCCCCCCUUAGAAAUCCUGCAUAUUUGAUUUUUACCCUUUUGUAUCUCUCUGUCAAGAUUUUAAAAAAAUAUAAUCCUUUUCACAGUUUCCUCAUGCAAAAAGUUACAAACUAACAUGAUGAAGAGUCUCUGAUGUAGAUGACAUUUGAUGCAUUUGAUCUGCUGCACAGUUAUUUUAGUUAUUUUACCCAAACUUCAUUUUUUGUGUCCAUAUUCAGAAAAUUCAAGUCUCUUUUAUUUUGUCUUCUACCCUAUACUCCUCUUCCUCUUAGUGCCUUACUCAUGGUUAAAUCAUCUUGUAAGCUGAAUCCUUACCAAAGAAUGUAGCAUAAGACACCAUAACGCUGCAUACAGUUUUAUUAGUUUUGUUUCUCCUAUACUUGGAGUUGUUCUUUUAUUAUGUUUUUUUCAUAAUAAAUUCUACAUUUUCCCAGGAAA